UAAUAUUAAAAAUGGGACAGACAUUAGGAAAUGCGAUUAAGUCCUUUGAUGCUUUUAGCCAGCCGGUUGGGUUCUCCAGAAACAAAAAGCAUAUUUAUUCACACUGGUGUGCUAGUAUAGUAAAAAUACUUAUCCUUGCUAUUGUUGUUGGAUUUUUGGUUGUCAUGAUUAUCGAACCUAUUGAACCUGAAACCAGCGCUGACGUGACAACUAAAACGACAAACUGACCGACAAGAAGACAGUUAGGCCAAACUCAAGAUCCUAUAUUAUAUGAUGGAGGAACUCCUCAAACAGUUUAUAGUGAUAUAGAAGCCAAUAUGGAUUACUGGAUUGAAGAAUGGGACGAAGUUGAUUCAGCUAUCACCUCUACUAGGGAGAUUUUGCCUUUCCAAUCAGGUUUUAAUAUGGCCUUCUGACUCAAUAGGCCAUACGAUGCUGAACAAUAUGCAGCAUUAAGUACUCUAUAUGCAAACUCUGCAGGUUUAGGUCUUGCUGGGAUAGUUCCUUGAACAGCAUCUAUGUUUCAUGAAUCUCUUGAAGCUGAGUUCAAUGCAAACUAUCUUGGGUUUUGUGUUUGCAUUGAUAACAAUGCUGAUAUUUCAUUUAAAGGCAAUCAAUUACAUUCAAGUCCUUACUUUCUCGCUUCAGUUUUGUCAAAUGCUCCAUGAGAUGAUUGAGGCCAUCAGAAUGGAUAUUGGGAUGGAAUUUCAAUGACUAUAUUCUCUGUCGACGGAUACUACAUUCCUUUUGCAAAUCCUUCUAUUGGCUAUCGAUUCCGUAAAACAAAAUAUUAUUCAUCGUACUGGGAUAGCUCUGAAGCCUUUCUGACUAUAAAAGAAACGAUAGUUAAGGCCUUAGAUGGAAGAGUAGAAAAAUUCUACAGUUUAGAGAGGAAAACUUACUCUAAUGUUUACAAGACUGAUACGUAUUCAUUCAUGUUUAUGUUCCAAGCUCACGAUACAAUCCAUCAUAUUGAAGAGGUGCCUAGCCUUCUUUGGACUGUUCCAUCGAGCAGAAAUUUAAAUACGGUAACAAAUGCUGAUGGAACUACAACUACUACUACCACCUCUAAAACUAAGGUAGAAACAAGAGAGAUGGCCAUUUAUUAUAAAAUUUUGUACAUGGUCUCCAACAUGGGUGGACUCUACUCUUUUCUAAUGUUGAUAGCUGGUUUACUCAUCAGGCCUCUCAUUAACAGAAUGUUCGAGAUAGAUAUCGUGAACGAUGCUCAUCUAGCAAAUCAAAAAGGACUCAGCUUUAUUCAAUCAAAAGAAGAACAAAAUAGAGCCUCACUCAAGAAUCUCAAGAAGGCCCUACAUUUGAAAGGAGGUACUGCUCUAGAGCAAAAGAUAAAUCAAGACAUGAGAAGCAGUGUUGCAGAGAAUCAACUCUUGAUGAACGAUGGAGGGGAAGAGGUAAAGCAACACAACUCUAAAAAGCAUAAUGGGAUGAUCAAUGAAGGGGGCUCUCAAGUAAUGCAGCCAGUAGGAAGGGCUCAAGCUGUUAUUCAGGAAAAUCCAGGAGGCUCUGCUCAAAUUAAGCAGCAGCCUAACUCAGUAUCUCAGGCGCAAUCACGAAUGCCAGCUAAAUAUUAUACUUUUAAAGACUUAUGUUGCUGCAGAAGUGGAUCUAAUAGAGGAGGAUCCUCUAAAGACAUGAAAAGAAGAUUUAUGUAUGAACUAAAAGCAUUAGAUGCAGAAAGAGAUAUUAUAAACAUUGUUGGAAAAGUCUUGGCAAUGGAAAACAAAACAGCUAUGAUGGAAUUCUCACUGAAUUCACUUCUCUCAAACCAAGGUGCAAGCUCCACAGACUCAAAAGAAGAUAAUAACUUCAGAGUUGCAAAAGAAGAAAAGGCAUCUAACAAGAGUGUGACUAUGUCACAAAGUGAAAUUAUUGCAAAGGCAAAAUCAAUCGUACAAGGCAAAGCAGCUGGUACCUCAAUCAAUAAAAUAGUUGAACAAGAAAUCUCACAGAUUAAGGAAGACAUCAUGGGAAAAGAGGCAAGAAAUAACAUGAUGUAAUUCAAUCAAAAUAUUGAUAUAAG